GCCAUUCACGAGAUUCCAACACAAUUCGUAAGAAGUUCUACCCAGCAGAGCAACAGCAAGAUGAACCUGUUUCCAACAGCCGCCUGUAUCUGGCUCGUGGUACACCUUUGCGUCCUGCUGACAGCCGGCGAACACUUGGUCGAGUUCGUGUCCAAUUACCAACAGAACGCUGAGAUUGAUUAUUCCUUUCGGUACUACAUCGACCAUCCUCCUUCCGGGGUGUCGUUUGAUCACUGGGAGAAUCGCAAGGGUGAUCACGUGCACGGUGGCUACGGUGUCCUGGAGCCGGGAGGAUUCGUGCGUACGGUGCACUAUGAGGUCGAUGGCGAUAGUGGUUUUAAAACGGUUAUUAAGACAACUGCACCAGGAAGCUCUCAACAGUACAACAUACACACUGGUGGCAGAAGGACACCUCCUCCACAGCCGCUUUGGAACACCAAACCGGUCGCCUUCGUGCAGGGAGUUCAUAAAUCGUAG